AUGAAGCGGAGAGGGGCUGGCGCGAGGCCAGCGGCGCCGUCGGAUGGGACCUCGCCCCACUUUAUUUCCCGGCAUGCGUCCUCGUUCAGCUUCUCCAAAACAGAGCAGGCAAAGCGGGACUUUCUCAAACGGCUCGGGUCCGACCUCCAACGCAACGACGUCGCACCGUCUCCUUACAAGGGCGCGUAUACCCUGCCCAAGGCCAAAGAGGUGAAAACUACAGCAGAGGACUUUUACUCGACAAUGGAGGUGCGCAGUUGGGGCAGCGGUAGCCACGGCCAGCUCGGGCUUGCCGACGACCGCCACCGCGGGACGCCAGAUCUCGUUCUGGCACUGUACCAUAUUUCCAACAACCUAGAACGUGUGCAGCUCUCUUGUGGAGACUUGCUCUCCGCGGCCAUCAACGAGCUCGGCCACGUGUACGUUUGGGGUCGAGUGCCGCUCGACGUUAGCCAAAAUAUCAAAGUUCCAGUGCGGGUGGCUGGGCUCGACAACGUCGUGAUCCGAGGCAUGAGCUGCGGUCCUGGACACAUGGCGCUAGUGUCAGAUGCGGGGGAGGUUUACACCUGGGGGAGGGGCGAGUCCGGUCGCCUCGGUCACGGCGACGAGCAUCACGCGUACACCCCUCGCCGAAUCACAUCCAUCUUUGCCAUGCACUCCAUUGUAAUCAGACAAGUUGCAUGCGGGGAAGAGCACACGCUGUUUUUGGCAUCCGACGGCGCCGUCUUCAGUUGUGGAGGCGGUCGCGCUGGACAACUGGGCAUUGGGACGUAUGUCAAUUGCGUCGGGGACCCGUGUCGGGUGCCUAUGUCGCCAAACACCACCACCUUCGUUCACAUCGCUUGCGGGAUGAAUCAUUCUGCCGGCGUCGCGGACACGGGAGUCGUGUAUACUUGGGGGUGGGGCGAGCAAGGACGGUUAGGCCAUGGCAACGAAGAUUCCCAGCCAAGUGCCAAGUGUAUUGAUGGACUCCGGCAUGUCCAUGUCACGUCCCUCAGUUGCGGGGGCGCUCACUCCCUCGCACUGACGUCGUGCAAAAAGGUGUUUGCAUGGGGAUGGGGGAGUUUUGGACAGUUGGGGCUGGGCUCGUGUCACGAUGCUUUUGUCCCCAAAGCGAUCAAAGCUCUCGAAAACGUUCAUGCGGUUGCGUGUGGGUUUGGCCAUUCGGCUGCAGUGACGGAAAACGGCGUGUUGUAUAUGUGGGGAUUUGGCGAAGAGGGGCAAAUUGGCACGGGAGACGAGCGGAACCACGAAACGCCGCACGUCGUGUGGACUGUGCCCGCGACAGACGACAAAGCAGGGACCGUCGACCCGCCCAAAGUGUUGCAUGUUUCACUGGGGAAGGCGCACUCCAUGGCCGUGGCGGUGCUUGGCAUGCACCGCGACCGACGAAAACGACUCAAUCCCGAGACCAUUCGACGUGCGGCCAUCUCGUUGCAGUGUUUUGUUCGCCGGAUUGUGGCACGGAUCAAGCUCAAGAAGCAUCGGCGAGUACGCGACAAACGAAUGCAGGAAGCUGCUGCAGCUGCGCUGGCUCGCCGGCGGGAGGUCGAAGCCCACCAACAACUGCUGGCUGCGAUGAAAGAGGAUGAAGCAAAAGCAAUCGUGACUCAAGCUCGCGCGAAAGUAUUGGCAGAACUGCAUCGGCAGCAGAUGGAGCGCAAUGCAGCUAGUUGUAUACAACGCAGGUUGCGUGGGUGGAAGGUGAAGCUACGAUUUCGAGCUGUACGGCAACAGCGCCUGGUUGAAAUGACGGAAGCUAAAAGGGCCGCAGCAAUGGCUUGCGAAGAAAUGGCGUUCCUGACGUUGGUCGAGCGAGAAGCCUCGAAUGUGGCUACGAGUGAAAUCGUGACGGAAUUCCUCAGUGCAUUGCAAAUCGACGUCGGGUCGGAGGAGGCGCAACGAGCAGAAGAGAAGUGGCGUACAGAAGAGUCAGAGGCUCUCGCCAAGGCACACCGCGCGAUGCAGCUGCAGGUUGAACGAGAUGAUGCUGAGAGAAAACGGGCUGCCCAGGAUGAAGCACGACAGCUGCGUGAGAUGCAACGACAGGAAGCCAUUGUGGCAGCCGAGGCGAAGCACCGCGCGCGUCGUGAUCGCGAGAUCGCUGACGCCAAGGCAAAGUUAUUGGCACGCAAACAGCACGCAGCAGCAUCCAUUCAGCUAACAUCGAAAGCGUCGAAGCGAGCCGAAAAGAAGCGACGACUCCAGGACAAACUCAAGCAAAAGGCCGCCGACGAAUUCAAUCAGAGUCGGGAAAAGCGUGACAAAAUUCGUGCCGAGUUGGCAGAGCAGAAGAAGUUACUUGAGGACAAACGCCAGGAACAGCAGCAUUUCGCGGCGAGGAUGGAAGCAGAGCGACACCAGCGGAUCUUUCGAAAGAGUCUCAAGGACGCUCCUUCAGUUCGACCCACCGCCGCAUUUCAAGUGCGUGCGUCAUUCAUAGCAGAAGCGCUGUCGUCCUACCUACUCCCUGGCGAGCCCAAACCAAACUAUGUAUUGGACCCGAAAGGCGCCGGAAUGGUUGGCGCCCCAGCCGAUGCCACAACGCUCCCCCGACAAUCGAAAGUCCGCAUAUUCAGAGAGCUCCAGAGGUCCAAAUCGUCGUCGGAUGGGGCGAGGGCAGUAGCGUCGGCGCAUAGCAAUAACCACGCGGAGUGCUGA